CCAUGGAUGCGCUAUCGUGUUACAUUAUUGCGCUCUCGACAUUUGGCAUUAAGAUUACGCAACAGAAACCGCCUAAAAUUAAGUAUAAACAAGAGAAGAAAGCCGGUCUAGGCAGCAGUCUAGAUUAUGGCAGGAUCCGCCACUGCCAGAUGCAGUUUGAAAUUUACUAAAAGCAAGCCUAUAGCUAGAUAUCUGGUAGGAGGGGCACCCGGGGUGGCUAGCCAGAUUUCAGUGGGCGCCAGUGCCACCCCUGGCCACCACGUAGACACGCCCCUGAACAGCAACACACACGGAGGACCACUAAACGUCAAAUACAGAUGUCAUCUACGUCCUAAAGGCACUUCAGUGAGGAGACACAAUGACGGAGGGUGUGGAGGUUCAUCAGGCCCAGCCAAACAGCACUGAUGCUGCCACAACCGCUGUAACGCGGAGCAGGACGUCCUCUCUGCAGGCAGUAGAAACAGAUCCUGGUUCUGAAGAGCCGGACCAACAGGAAGAGGAAUCCUCCAGUUUUCUGGAAGUCCAGCACCAUUCCAAAGUAGGAGCGGAUGACAGCAGCGGUGUCCCGGUUGCGCCUGAUGGUGGCUGGGGCUGGGUGGUCGUUGCAGCUACCAUUUUGGUCUUAGCGAUGACUCUGGCCUUCCCUUCUUGCAUCGGAAUAUUUUACACAGACUUGCAGAACGACUUCCAAGCCAGCAACACUGAAACGUCAUGGGUGCCAGCCAUCAUGAUGGCAGUGCUGCAUGCAGGCGGCCCAAUAUGUAGUGUUCUCGUGGAGAGCCUGGGUUGCCGUGUAACAAUAAUUAUUGGCGGGAUCCUGAGCGGACUGGGAAUGGCAGCCAGCUCAUUUGCACAGACAAUAGUGGAGCUGUAUAUCACUGCUGGCAUUAUCACAGGAAUGGGAUUCUCUUUGUCUUUCCAGCCAUCGAUCACCAUGGUGGGCCACUACUUUGUGCGGCGCAGGGCGUUCGCCAACGCCUUGUCUUCCAUUGGCACCGCACUUGGGUUGAGCACCCUACCAUUGCUAGCCAACUAUCUCCUCAGCAGCUUUGGUUGGCGGGGCAGCUUUCUGGUUCUGGGAGGGGUUCUGCUGAACUGCUGCGUUUGUGGGUCCGUAAUGCGCCCACUUGGAGCCAAACCAAAGACGGAAGCCAGAACCGGAGAGAUGGACAAUCGGCAACUGAAAACCAAUUGCCUUUCAAUUUCUCAGGAACGAGAGGGUCUGAAAGGCCGUCUACGGACCACUCUCUCCACCGUUAUGCCUUUCCUGCGCAGGCACAUGGCCUUCGACCUGCUGUGCAGUCACCCGUACUUCUGUGCCUAUGCUCUUGGGGUGUCCUGGAUGAUGCUGGGCUUCGUGGUGCCCCUAGUUUACCUGGUUCCCUAUGCCACCGCGUACGGUAUGGAGCAAGACCGAGCUGCUCUACUGAUGGCCAUCCUGGGGUUAGUCAACAUCACCGUUCGGCCCGCGACGGCGCUGGUUUUUGGGCUGCCUCGCUUCCGUGGAAGCCAUAACUUCGCCUACCUGUUUGCCACAGCGGUGCUGAUCAACGGAUUGAGCAACUGCGUCUGCGGCAUGGCGACGAGUUUCCCAGUGCUGCUGGUGUAUGUUAUAGUGUUCGGGUUUUCCAUGAGCCUCAUCGGCUCCUUGUUGUUCACCGUACUGAUGGACACAGUCGAGAUGAGCCGCUUCCCAUCCGCCCUGGGCCUCAUCAGCAUUAUGGAGAGCAUCAUGCUGCUGCUUGGCCCGCCAUUAGCAGGAAUCCUUGUUGACAGCACUGGGCAAUACGCCUAUGUGUUCUUCGCCUGCAGCGUAACCGGCUCCACGGCUGGUCUCUUCAUCAUGUUGUCCUUCUACUGGUUGGACAGACAGAAGAACAGAGAGGUCAAGAGCUCCUUCGCUCAUAAAGACACUAACGCACUGAAGCCCAGCCUUAAGAUGACCAUAGACUGUGAUUACACUCCAGUGCCUUUACAAAAUAACAAUAUCAGAGACAUGGAGACUGAUGUGUGAUUUGUGUCCUUGUGUGUAUUUCACCAUACUCGUUUUGUGCAUUCAGUGCACAGCUAGUCUUUUCCCAUCCUUAUCUUGUUAGUGGACAAUCACAUGUAUUUGUAUAGCUUAUGUACACAAUAGUGAAGGAAGGUUCUUGGACUGCUAUAAAAACAGAUGGGACCAGAAUUGCAUUUUUAAUAGCUUUUUUUCUAUUACAUGGUGCCACACGGGAACAUUAAUCACUUCAAAUCAUCUCACGAAACAUUUUGAAAAUCUAAUUUCACUUAUUACUUCAGGAUUGCUAACAAAGCCAGUUGUAAUUGACAUUCUCAUUACUGUAGAUUCUUCUGGGAACAAAUGAAUGUAGAAAACUGAGAAUGUGCAAUGAAUGAUUUAUUAUUAUUAUUAUUUCUAGAUGCCUUAAAUUAUAAAUGUUCUAUCUCAUAUAUGAUUUUUUUUUUUUUUUUUUUUUUUUUUUUAGUUUUGUGUAGAUUGAUUUUAAAAUCAGUAACUUAUUUAUAUAUUUGUAUGUAUUAAAGAAAAUUGUUGCUUUGUG